CAAAUCAGCUGACUGUUAAAUUACAGACUCAAGGAAAACAUUCAGAAUCACAACAGUAGCUAAGUGGUCUUCAAAAGAAACAACUGACUACACAUGUAAUGUACUGACAAAAUGUCCAUGUUGGCAUUAUUAAUUUUCAUCUUGCCACUGGUUCAAGUGUCACAGUCAACUGAGCAAUGCCCACUAUUGCCUCAAUGGACUAUUGAAAAUAAUGAAGUUCUGCAAGAUGGAAAUAUAACAGUGGUUGGUAUAUUCAACUCCUCCUGACAUCUUUGUUUCAAGCAGGCUGGAUUGAUGCAAGAUCUCCAAGCCCGCUUAACUUCUGCUGGAUUCUCUGAUGUUGCAUUUCGUAUUAUUAACUCUAAACUUGCCAUGAAUGAAACUGAAGGAUUUGCUAUGCUCAAAAACAUGGCAGGGGACAUUCCAGUGUUACAAGAGCCUCAGAUCAUUGCCUCUGGCACUUGGCAAUCCAUACUGGAAGGAGGAAUUGAUCACGUUCUUGUACUGGACAGGUGUGGACGACUCGUGUAUCAAGUGAUCUCUCCAUGGAGUCUACUAACCUAUCCUUAUGUUAAAGCGGCCAUUUUAUCAACAUACAAUGAUGAUCCAUGUGGUCCUUGUAACCUAACUGUCCCAGAGCAAGAAAAUACUGAUCCAAGAGCUGUGGCAGAAACAAUUUCAACAGCUGAACUUAACAUUUUAACUCUUUUCAAUGAAACUGGAAUAACAACUAUCAAUGAAACUGAAACAGGCAAUUUCAACAAUGAAACUGAGACAAACAUUACCAAAACACAGUCUGAAAUAAUGCUUGUUAACAACACAGGCACUGAAAGAAGUGACUCAGAAAAUCUGAUGGAAUCAAUGUUGAAUAAAACUCAAACAAAAUCCAAAAAGAUUUCAGUGGUAGUAUCACAAGACUGUAACAAGACAGAAUGGAAUCAAUCUGACAUGCAAAUCAGGCAGCAGCAGCAGUCUUUAGUUGAUGCCAAGGAGUCACACAAAUACAAAAACAAUAUAUCAAAUACACAGGAACUCAACACGACAGAUCAUCACAGGAACAGGUUACACAAAGAUGGAAAAAUAUUAUCUGAAGACAUGGUGGAAGGAAUGGAACCUCAGCAGUUGCAAAAUAUCUCUGUUCCAGCAGAUUCAUAUCAAAAUAUUCACAAAUUGAAUUCCAGUGAUAUAGACCAAAACGAUAAAGUGCAUGAAACAGACUAUUUGAGUCAUACUUUAUCACCUUUGAUUGAAAGAAAUGAUGGCACUGUACCAAUAAGGGUAAUUUUGCAUUUCCCACAUGAACAUCGCCGUGAAAAUGGAAUAGUUUCAGAACAUGAGUAUAUAGUUCUACAGACUGGCAAUCCUGCCUACCAUGGUCACUUGGAAAAGACACAAAUUACAGGACAGGAAACACCUGAUAAGGAUGACAAGCAGACAUCGAAUAGAAAGCAUGAAGGAAAGAAAAUCCAUAUUAAACUAAAAAUACCAACUUCUGAAGGAAUAAGAAAUACUACUGAAAGACAUGAAGAGGAAAGUGUAGAAAAGGUGUAUCAUCACAACAAAGGGUGGAAGAAACACAAUAGUAAGGAAGCUGCAGACUCUCAUGAUAGUGAAACAUCCACAGAAAUAUCUCAAGAUAUCAGGAAACAUGGUAAAAACCAAAACAGAAUUAAACCUUCACAUAACAAUACUAUAUACUUGCAUAAAGGUAAAGGUAGACAUUUUCAUAAACCAGGACAAUUUCAUAAAAAACACAAAUUAAUUCAGAUUGUAGUUCCUGACAAUACCAACGGGACUGUUUCUAUAAUAACAUCAAAGAAUAAGCAACAUAAGCAACCACAUGUAACCGCUGAAGAUGGCAGGAAUGAGACCAGUGAGGGGGUUACUAUAAAGAGUAACAACCGAAAAAACAGCAGUGCUGAUACUAUCAAGAAAGAUGAAGUAUACAGAAAGAGACCUGCUGGUAAAAAAACUAAAUACCAACAUCACAGGACAUCUGAAAAUGAAAAAUUAAAUGGAAAUACAAGUACCCUGAAUGUUUCCUCAGCACCGCAGACAUUAAUACCUCUGUCAACUGUGUGGCACAAAGCUCAUAUUCCGAUUGGUGAACAUACUGUGGACGAUGAUUUGAAUGAUUUUGACGAUUCACGUGAAGAACAGCCAACAGAAUUCAAACCAAAACAGGAUGACAAUCCCAAAGCAGAAAAACUGAGAAUGUACACCAUCAGUAACAAAAAUAGUACAGACAUUAGUAUAGACGAAGAAAAUGGCAGUAAGCAAAAUACACAGUGUUCUAACAAUCACACUGAAGGAUCUGUCAAGGUCGAUGACAUCAGAAAACCAAAUGCAGGGCAUGUAAUAGAUGAACCAUCUGCCUCUUCAAGGGAGGACAGCAGUGACAGUGAAACACAAGGUGAAAAUAUUAUUAAACAUUACAGUAAGUUAUUAAAAUGGAUAGAUUAUCCAUUAUAAUUGCUCAUAUUUAAGAUGCAUUUUAAACACAAAGUUGCAUAUGUUAUCAGAGUGGGAUAAACAAUCUGCAACCAUAAAUAUGGUAUUUCAAAUUUUGUAAGAAAAUUCGGUGAGAAUUUCAUAUUUCUAAAUCGUAACAUUGUCCAGAAUUGAAAAAAAAAAAAAUUUAACAACAGAGUGCAUAAAUUUAGCUACAAGAGUAAUUCUAGAUUUUUACAACGAAACAGUACAAAGCCAAAAGUACAAUGUGAGAGUAGAAUAGUAACUGAAACCCAAUACUAAAAUGUUUCAACAUGCUCUCAAAAUGAGUAUGGGUGUGGGGCCAUUAAAAAGAGUGACACCACAUAUCUUACAGCAGACUGCAAUAUGAGGUUGCCAGCUCAGAAUUCAUCAUAUGAACAAAAGCAUCUGAAUGUCUGAUUAUUUUUCUGCCAAAUCGGGGACACAUCUGUGGAAUAAUUUGACUGUAUGAUAAAUUAUGGGCAGUGAAGCAUAAUAAUUCGAACAAAGCAUAUUUUAUGCGAAAUAACUGAUGUUAUCUCUGGUAAAUGGUAUAGAAAUGUUUGUUCCCAGAAAUAUAAUUCUUUAAGUUAUUUAACUGAAUACAAAGAGGCCCUUCAUAUUUUACUACACCAAUCUUUUACAAGACAUGAGAACAUAAUCUCCUGUCAAACUCACUUACCUUUUACAAUUAAAAACGUGUGUAAUUUUUAUUUAUGUUAAAGCUUGCACAUCUUUUACUAUAAAUAUCAUGAACAUACUUUACCUGUCUCUUGAACUAGUAUGUAGGUCUACAUAUGCUAUUAUACAUUUAUACAUAAAACUAUAAAACUGAGUAACUUCAAUGUUAUUGAAAUGUUUGAAAUCUGGUUAAAUUUAUGAAGAACCUGUCAGAAAACAUUUUGUUGGGCAGGGUCAGAUGUAUCUCAGACCACAAAUCAAAUAUUUCAAUAUCUGUUUUAAGUCUCUCAAUAAUAUGUCUGUAGAAUGUGUAUCAUGUAUGUUGCAAGUCGUAAUAAAGAUGUAAUUUAAAGUUA